AUGCCCUCGCCCGACAAGCUGGUUCAAUUGCAAAAUGUCUACGCAGUCUCGCCUGGGAAAGCGCGCGUACUCACGACCAAUCCCUCCCCGACGAGGAAGCGCCAACCUGGAACGUCGGGGCUCAGUUCUUUGCGCAGACCUAAAGGGGUGAAUGCGCCGCGCGACAGCUUGUCCCCACAGCAAUGGAAGAAGUGGAUGCACGAAGCGUGCGAGCUCAACGUGUCUUCGUCGGCAUUUCUGGCCAGUACAUCGACUGAGAGCUUAGUGCACACAGUUGAAGAUGGGUUCCAGCUUGUUUUGAGCCCGGCAGUGGCACGAACAGACGAGCGACUCGUGAGGUUGAUCGAGGAUCAAGCAAAAAACAAUGUGGAGGCAACAUUUAAUAAGUUUGUGGCAAAACAUCCGUCUGCAUCGAGCCCGAUCGAGCAGUGGAGAGCUCGAGUCACUAAGCCCAGAAAGAGGAGGAAGAGUACGAGCCUCAGAAUCGAGCCGUUGCUAUCCGACGAGAUACGGGCGAAGCUCCAGGCCCACUUGGAAGAGAAGAUCAAGGGCAACAUUUGGGAAAAUGAGAUCCGCUCUCGACUUGCCAGACCCCUCAGCGCCUCCACCUUCUGCAGCAGAAGUGAGCAGCUCCGACACCCACUCAGCACGGUCCAGUUCAUUGCUGCUCAAACUGCACCAUCAGCCGAAGUGUCAACUCCAGUGACCCCAAAGUUCCCGUACUCAGUGGAAGCGCACGCAUUUGCCGACUGUAUCCGUCGGUGCCGGUUGAAGGCCUGGUUUAGAGACGCUCUCAAGUCUCGGGCAAGAGUUCUCGCCAUUGCCAUCCGCGUGCUUCGUCGUCGAGGCGUUCCUCAGCUCGUACAAGGCUUUCGUCGACGCCGCCGCGCCGCCAUUCGGAUACAGCGACGCUAUCGUCGUUUCCAACGGUGGCGUGAGGAAAUAUUACGUCCAUUCGUCUGCAAGAACGUCGCGCUAUGGGUGCGGCGCGCGCUGGUGUUGGCGUCCGUGCGCGUCCUAAUCGCUCGUGCGAUUACAGCGUUAUAUCUAGCGCGAAUGGUGCGGCGAGAGCAGGCUGCGCGCCGGGCAGCGCACCUGCGGCGGUGGGCUGCCAAAACACGCGUGUGUCUAUUCGUCCACCAGCUCUGGAUGAUGGCUUGGUUCAGGGGUAAACGCAGUCUUAACGUGGAAGGAAUGAAGCAGGAGCUGGCGUCGCUCGGGUCCAGCGACCACAACGUGCAUCUCGAGUACACUGCCAUCUUCGCGACGCCUCUGGGCAAGGACAUGCUGAAGAAGGAGCUCGCCCGGUGGCGCGUUGCGGCCCAGAGCAGAGCAGCGCAAAGCGCAUCAAACACACGAAGAAACUCGAAUGCCUCAGAACUGGACGUCGUCGAUCCAGCAAUACUGCGACUGCGUCAAUGCUUCCAGAUCUUCGACCUGGACGGCUCUGGUACGCUAGAUCUGGACGAGUUCCAAUUAAUGUUGUCGUAUCUGCGUGGCAAGAAGCCGAAGCGGGGCAGCGUCAGCGGCCAUAAGUCCGCCCCACAGCCACCGAAGCUCACUACAGCUCAAGUGCGCAACCUGUUCGCCGAGUUGGACUGCGACGGCAACGGUGGCAUUACGUGCAAUGAGUUUGAGGACUGGUGGGCCAAAGAGCACAACAAGACGGCAUUGUCCACGUCGGCCUCCACCAACUUCCUGUCUCGAGGGCUCGACGGACUGCUGCUCCAAAGCCACGGCCUGCUCUUCUGGCUGCUUGGACGCAAGCAACAGUUGGAGCGGAAGUUCGUCAAGAAGCUCAUGGUGCGUCGUGCUAUGGAGAGCGCCAAGCGGGAGAUUCUACACCGGGAGAUCGACCGAGAGCGUGUCGCUGGGGUGAACUGCGGCGUGUUUCGGUGCCGUAGUUGCGGCCGUCGGUUUGGAUUAAGGAGAGAUUUAGAGGACCAUGUUGCGCACGACUGCUCUUCAACGACGCUAGUGGUGGACACGUUCACGUUGAAGCGCUGGGUGCACCAGGAAGAGUUCCGAUUGCUGGAAGAUACCAAGACUUGA